CUCGGCGGCGGCGGCGGCGGCGGAGGCGGGUUCUGGUCGGCGGCGCCGCUCCCCCCGGCUCCCGCGGCGGCCCUGUUCACCGCCCUGGCCGUGCUCGCGGUGCUGGCUGCCGUGCUCUGCUCCGCUCGUAGGUAAUCGGGGGUCGGUCGUGCGUCGGGAAGUUUUGAUUCGGUCAAAAGUCGAAUUCUUCCUGUGGAACCCUAGACACACACACCCCGGGAGAGAGGGAGAGAGAGAGGCUCGGGCUCGUUAGGUGGGGAGUGUUAGGGGGAGACCGUGUUGUUCGCGUGUGCAUCACGUAGAUGAAAGCUCUCAAGCGGAGCCACACUUCGUCUUCUUCGCACUCGUCCUCCCCUUCCUCCUCCUCCUCCUCGUCGUCUUCGUGGAUCCAUUUGCGUUCGGUCCUGUUCGUCGUAGCUAAUUCGUCGCCAGCUUCCUGUUCUUCUUCCCUCGAUAGGGGCCGCCUUAAAUCACCAUGGUCUCGCCGAAAAAGGAAACAUGCACUCUUGCCCAAGCAAUGGAGAAGUUUGUAUACACCCGAUGGGAGACUUCGAGAUGGUGGAGUCAAGUUUCUCAAGAAAGUUCGCAGUGGAGGAAUUCAUCCAAGCAUUAGGGCAGAGGUUUGGCCUUUCCUUCUUGGAGUGUAUGAUUUGAAAAGUUCUAAAGGAGAGAGAGAUAUGACAAGGACCCAAAACAGGAAGAAAUAUGAAAAACUUCGAAUGCAAUGCCGUCGGUUGAUGAGGCAAUUUGAUGAGAGCUUCAGCAGCAGGCGAUAUAGUGGGCGGCUCAUUCAAGACACAUAUUCUCCUAGCUCUGAAGAAGUGGAAAGUGCUAGGGAGUCCCUAUCUAGUGGGGAAGGCGGCCCAGAUAGUGGGUGCUUGGAUGAUUCUUCUAGCAAAUUGUUGGAAGGAGAUGACUCUUCAAGAAGAGUUACAAAUGCUGAUACCUCUACAUUGAACACGGACUCAUCAGAUACGGACUCAUCAGAGGAUGUUGAAAUAAAUGAUGCAUCUUUCUCUUUAGAGACUGGGGAUGAUGAUCCCGAUACACCACCCAAAGAGAACCUCUCUCCCUCCAGGACAGAAGUUCAAUCUUCCCUCCACACUGAUGAGGACUUUGCCACAUGGCAGCGGAUUAUCCGCUUGGAUGCAGUGCGUGCCAACCCAGAAUGGAUACCGUACUCCCCAUCUCAGGCCACAGUAUCAGAAGCUAGGGCUCGGCGUUCUGCCGAGGCUGUCGGUUUGAAGGACUAUGAUCAUCUUGAGCCUUGCAGAAUUUUCCACGCUGCUCGACUAGUUGCAGUUCUUGAAGCCUAUGCCCUUUAUGACCCUGAAAUUGGCUAUUGCCAGGGUAUGAGUGAUCUUCUUUCUCCAAUAAUUACUGUGAUCACCGAAGAUCACGAGGCUUUCUGGUGUUUCGUUAGUUUCAUGAGGAAGGCCCGGCAUAAUUUUAGGCUCGAUGAGGUGGGCAUAAGAAGGCAGCUCAAUAUUGUAUCCAAAAUUAUCAAAUCCAAGGACUCUCACCUUUACAGGCACUUGGAGAAGCUCCAGGCAGAAGAUUGUUUCUUCGUUUAUAGGAUGGUGGUUGUACUAUUUAGAAGGGAAUUAUCCUUUGAACAAACAAUUUGCCUCUGGGAGGUGAUGUGGGCCGACCAGGCCGCUAUAAGGGCUGGGGUCGGGAAAUCGGCAUGGAGCCGCAUAAGGCAGCGGGCCCCACCAACAGAGGAUUUAUUGCUCUACGCGAUAGCUGCUUCGGUUUUGCAGAAGAGGAAAUUGAUCAUAGAGAGGUACAACAGCAUGGAUGAGAUACUGAGAGAAUGCAAUAGCAUGGCUGGGCACCUUGAUGUGUGGAAGCUUUUAGAUGAUGCACACAACCUGGUGGUGACCCUCCAUGAGAAAAUAGAAACUUCUUUCCGAUGAUCAGUUUGUGGAUUUGAUUUUUGGCUAAUUGUUUAUGUGGUUUUCUACUGAUCUCGGGACUGGAGCAAUGAGCACCCGGUUCCGUAGCUUAUACCGCCUGUUUGUCAUGGCUUUACAUUAUCAAGGCUUGAGGAAGUGGCAGGGGCAAACAUUAGAUAGGGUAGACAUCUGCAGCUAUGCUAUAAAUUACUACUGUUUGCAUCUGGUGCGACAGCCGGCAAGAAGAUGCCUCAAUGUAUUAUUCUCAGUGACAAAACCUCUUUAGUCUGAAAGAGCAUAGCCGUGUCUGCUUCCAUCAAGUCUGUGAGAUGGAAAGCAUAAAAUUCAGAUUUGUAGAAGAAAGACAUGGUGGCAACUUUUUAUUUUUCCUUGCAGAUUUUCAGAUUUGGCUCGCAAUAGUUGAACUUGAGGCUUCUCUUA